AUGACUACGACUUACGACUUUGUCAUCGUGGGCGGCGGCGUCGCCGGCUUGGUAGUGGCGACACGUCUGUCCGAGAUCCCGGAUAUCCAAAUCCUGGUGCUCGAGGCGGGCGAGGACCAAACGGCGGACCCUCGCGUCAAUAUUCCCGCACUGGGACCCAGUCUUGUCAAAACGCCUUCUGACUGGCAGUUCCGAACGGUGCCACAGGAAGGUCUAGGUGGUCGGGAGAUUGCCGUUCCUCAGGGCCGCCUCCUCGGUGGCUCGGGAGCGCUCAAUGGGCUCUCCUUUACGGUCACCACCAAGUCCAACGUCGAAGCGUGGGCCGAUCUGGGCAACCCCGGUUGGGACUGGCCUACGUUCAAAGAGGCCUCCAAGAAGACCUACACCAUCGCAUCUGGCGAGGGGCAAGGUCCUCUCAAGCUGUCCCUGCCGGACAACGCAGAGUCUUUCUGGCCCAAGGUCUGGCAGGACACCAUUCGCGGGCUGGGCUUUGUGAACUCUUGCGACCCCUUGAGUGGCCAGGGUGUCGGCAGCAGCAUCACGCCCGACACCGUAGACCCCGACACAAAGCAAAGAAGUUACGCUGCUAGCGCGUAUCUCGGGUCCGCAAAGUCCCGGUCCAACCUCACGGUUGUGACGGGAGCACUCGUCAGGAAAAUUGUCUUCAAGACUGACGCCGACGAUAUUGUCGCUGAAGCCGUCCAGUACACCAAGGAUGGCGAAACGAAAACAGUGACAGCACGAAAGGAGAUUGUGUUGACGGCUGGCACGCUCAACUCAUCUCGACUCCUCGAGCUCUCUGGUGUCGGAAACGCGGAGCUUCUACGUGAACUCGACAUUGACGUUGUGCUUGAUAACCCUCACGUCGGCGAGAACCUUCAGAACCAUGUCAUGGUCGGCGCAAGCUUCGAGGCGCUUCCAGAACACGACACCAUGGAUGGCGUUGUCCGUCAGGAUCCUGCAGCCAUCGGGGCUGCCAUGGAGGCGUAUGGUAAGGGUACGGGACCGUUUGCCAGGAGCGGGACUUCGGCGACGGCGCAGCUCCCUCUGCCGGGUGGCGAGGACAUCACCCAGCUGCUCGACAAGUUGAACGGGCCCAAGACAUCUGCGGCUCCGGCCUUCACAAAGGCGCUGGAGGCGUAUGUGCGGUCCGUCCUGAGUUCGUCCUCGGAGCCUUCGGGAUACUAUCUCUCGUUUCCUGGGUACGCCUUGUUCAGCGGAGACGGGACCAUGGCACCGCCCCCUCCUGGCGACGAGAAGUACUUCACGAUAGCCAUUCUCCUCGCUCACCCACUCUCGCGAGGUUCGAGCCACAUCACGUCUGCGUCGUUAGACUCGCCCGCCGUUGCCAUCGAUCCCGCCUAUCUUUCUCAUCCUUUCGACGUCGAAGUUUUGGCCAGACACGCCCAGCUCCUGGAGAAGAUUGCAGCCAGCGAGCCGCUCCGCAGCCAGCUCAAGGCCGGAGGAAAGCGUAACCCGACCAAUACCUUGACUGAUGUCGAGCAGGCCAAAGAGUUCGUGCGCCAGACCGCGGUUGGCGCCCAUCACUUCACGGGCACUUGCUCCAUGAUGCCUCGUGCACUAGGCGGUGUGGUCGACGAGAAGCUCCGGGUGCACGGUAUCCGUGGUCUGCGGGUGGCUGACGCCUCUAUUGUCCCCAUAACGGUGCGCGCCAACCCGCAGGCAACCGUGUAUGCCAUUGGUGAGCGGGCUGCCGAUCUGAUCAAGUCGAGUCUUUGA